AUGAUUAGGCCACAGUCUCUAAUGAGUACACUAACUCCUUACUGUGGUUUUCUUGGUCACGCAUUUAUGGAGUUCCUGAAGGGCCCCGGAGACUACCGCCAGGCGCAGCACGACCUUUAUGAGGACAAGUGA